UACACAGGUAUGAUAUUAUUAUCUAAGUAUCGUAAUAAAUAUUGUUAUAUUAUUGUCAAUAUUAUAAUAAUAAUUAUUUAUGUGAAUCGUAUCGGCGCGUACCGGUCCUGCCGUCGCCGCCGCCCGGACCGCGACACGUUGUCAUAAUAAUAUCAUCAUCGCAUAUAUAGGCACGGUUGGUUUGGGGGUGCGAAAAUCACAGAAUUCCUCUUCGCCGUGCUUAUAACGUCACACCAUCACCUAUCCGCGAUAACAACAACAGUGAUAAUAUAAUAUUACAACACGUACAAUAUCGAAAAUUAUUAAAAUAAACAAAAUAAUAUUCCCGCGCGCGCGUGAUCUGUGCAAACGUUGCGUAUAAUAAUAAUAAUAAUAAUAAUAAUAAUAAUAUGUCGUUCGGUCCGUUUCGCCCGUCGCGCACCGUCGUGGGACCUAAACGCCGCCGCCGCCGCCGCUGCCGCUCCCCGGUCCCCCGCCCACCAAGCUGGCAUCGCGCCGCCGCCGCCGCCGCCGACGACGAACGCCAUCGUCGUCGGCGGCGAUGACUGACGGCGCGUCGCGGAGGAGGUCCACACUCAUCUAUUUAAACGCACCGGACGCGUUGCUCGCGCCGUAUUUGUCGCAUAGCACGCCAUGUCGCGCACGGUAAGCCGCGGCGAUUCUCCGCGGACGGACGACGUGACCGUCCUAUUGGUUGCCGGCAACGACAGACGAAAAUCCGUCGUCGUCAAAUUGCGUCGACACCGUCCCUCGUCCAACAGUUGGUUGUCGAUGUGGUCGGUUUUCGAUGUUUUGAUGGUUUUGUGCAUUUGCAUUGUAGAACUAUCGGCAAAAGGUGCAGUUAUGAACACGCCGUGCACAACUAUUAACAAUUGCUGUGUUCGCAACCAUACUCACUCUUGGAAAGACAAGAUUCAGUUGUACUGUUCGGAGAUCCAAAUCAUACCGAUUGUUGACGAGAUGAUACACGUGCUAACUAUAGACAAUUCAGCCGGUAUUAAAGAAUUAUCAGAAAAAUCGAUUAGUCGAUAUAAUAAUCUUACUGAUAUAGUAUUAAACAACAUGACAAAUCUAGAAAAUUUGGAUUCGUCAACUUUCAAAAACUUAAAUAAAUUGAAGUCAUUGUAUAUAAUUAGAGCUAGUGCUUUGACUGAACUACCCUACGAUAUAUUUCUUGGUCUAUCAAAAACGCUUUUAGUACUUCGUGUAAGUAAAGCGAAUCUAAAGGGCAUUCCUGAUCUUUCAGACCUCGGAACUUUAACUGCGAUGCACACAAUCGAAUUUGAAGGAAAUCAGUUGGAGACAUUGCGAACGAAUGGAAUUAGAACUCGAGCAGACCAGUUAUUAUUGGAAUAUAAUAAAAUACACGUAGUAGAAAAUUGGGCGUUCAAUGGUUCUGAAAUAUCAAAACUGAGUUUGAGAGGAAAUUAUUUAGAUUUUUUGUCCGAACACAGUUUUGAUGGAAUUUUAAACUUGCGGACACUAGACUUGUCACAUUCCUCGGUGAAAUUAUUACCGACAUCGGGGUUGCAAAGCUUAGAGAUACUUCGCAUCGAAAAUGCUCCUCUAAUGACUGUGAUUCCUUCAGUUUAUUUAUUUAGUAAUUUAAAAGAAGCUCAUCUCACGUACUCAUUCCAUUGUUGUAGUUUUCAGUUUCCGGCUAAACAUGAUUACACUACGUACGACUUUCAUAAAGAAGGCCUACAAACUCCGAGCGAAUGCGUUCAAGCGAAAAAAGACGACGUUCAUAUAAAUGUGGUGUCCACCGAUUUGAUGGAAAACGGUUAUAUCGAUUACGCAAACGACAGUGAAGAAGAAUUUUUUAACGAACCGGCCAUUACAAAUAGUACCUUGGAUGUUAUGUGUGGCAAUAUUACUCCGCAAAACACGAGAGCCGACGUCCAGUGUUGGCCACAACCGGACGCCUUCAACCCGUGCGAAGACAUAAUGGGUUUCUAUUGGCUUAGAGUGUGCGUUUGGCUGGUGGGAAUCGCAGCGUUGCUGGCAAAUUUGGUCGUGAUGACGGUGGUUUUCCGUAAAAAUUUUAACCACUCCGUGCCUAGAUUCCUGAUGUGUAAUUUGGCUUUCGCCGACUUUUGCACGGCGAUCUAUUUGUUGCUAUUGGCUUACAAGGAUUUGGAGUCGAGUGAAAAAUAUUUCAACUACGCUUAUUCGUGGCAAAAUGGCGUCGGGUGUAAAAUCGGAGGUUUCCUGACAGUUUUCUCGUCUCAACUAUCAGUUUUCGCAUUAUGCUUGUUAACGAUUGAACGGUGGUACUCAAUUCGCAGGGCACUGUACACAAACAAAAUGACGUUCGCUUCAACCGUGAGAAUAAUGGCCUUUGGUUGGGUGUAUUCAAUUGCGAUGGCUACCAUGCCGUUACUGGGCAUAUCAAGUUAUUCUACUACCAGCAUCUGCCUGCCAAUGGACACGGCACGCGCGAGCGGCAUGUGCUACGUGUUCACUCUGUUGGCGUUCGGCGCGGCGGCGUUCGUUUUGAUGCUAUUCUGCUACGUUCAGAUUUACAUGUCGCUGAGCUACGAGACCCGACACGCGGCCAAGGGGGAGGCGUCCGUGGCCCGCAAGAUAUCCGUGCUGAUCGGCACAAACUUCGCGUGCACGGCUCCGGUCAUCUUCUUCGGUUUCACCGCACUGCUCGGCUACCCGCUCAUCGACGUCACCAAGUCCAAAAUUCUGCUCGUCUUCUUCUACCCCAUCAACUCGUGCGCCAACCCGUUCCUCUACACCAUACUCACGGCCAGUUUCAGACGCGAAGCCUUCUCAACCGUCGCCAAGGUAACAGCUGAAUAUGUAUAGAAUGUUAUUGAGCAUCAGUUCAAAUCAGAGAUUGUAUUUUGGACAGGAAAUGCUGACCGGUCGAAUGCCCUACUAUUAUGUUUAUACAUUUAAUUAUGUUACUACAAUAAUUUAUUAUAAGUUAUAUUGAUGUUUGUUUAACAGUUUAAAAUAUAUUACCUAUAGUUUAUUUUUUGUUUACAAAGUUUUACGUAGUUUUUAGUCUAAGUAUAUCAUUUAGUUACAUAUACACAGUAAAUGUUAUUUUUUUUUUAUUUGAAGCUUUAAAAUCUUAUUGUAGUCGAAUCUAUUUAGAAAUUACUCAUUGGAUUAAAAUAAAUAAAUAAAUAAAUAUAAUUUAUUAAAAUUAUGAAUGUGUUAUUAUGUUACAUACAAUAUGAACAAUUUAAUUCUAAAACGAUAUACGUAAUUGCCAAUGGAAAUAUAACAUCAUAUUGGUUGAACAUAAUUUGAUCAUAAAUAAAAUAUAUAUUAAAAUAGAUAGGCAAGGCAAAGCAUGUUAACUAUUUUUUUUUUACUCGUCAAGUUAAUAUAGAAAGGUGUAAGUUCAGUUUAAAGUACCGGAGAAUAAGUAAUG